AACUAACGUGUGAAAUCGGAAGAUCACUUCCAUUGUAAUUAUUUUAUUUGUUGUAUAAUAAUAAUUGCUCAUAUUGAGGGAAUUAAUCGCGGACGGGAUGAGUUCGCUAAGACAAUCCCUGACAGGUUUGGGAACUAAGCUCACGAGAGGUGCAAGUAACGUUAUUGAAGAUUGAUUUUCGGGGGUUGCUGAAACAUUAUUUUCCCGGAGUUUGACUGCUGAAGGAAAUGGCGACGGUGGUUUCAUUAAUGAACCAGCGGCGGUACCGUAAGAGUUAUGAGCGGCCAGACCGGAUGAAUAGUGAAGGUGAGGGGGAUCAGCUGUGGGUGUUCCAGCCGCACGUUAAACACAGCACCCGAAUGGGCUCGCACGGGUCUGACGGCUCUAAGACGCCUGCUCUCGAUACAUGCAAAUCUUCUCCGUCGCGCCUUAGUGAUCCGCUGUCCCCAUGCAGUGGGUGUAGCAUUCCUGUUGCUCAUCGAUGUCACCUGAACACCUGUGAACGUAUCACAAUUAACGUCAGUGGCCAGUAUUACGCUAUUUGGGCUUCGAUUUUAAACAAACAUCCCGACACGCUACUAGGAAACCCAGAGAAGCGUCUACAGUUUUAUGACCGACAACGAGAUGAAUAUUUCUUUGACAGACAUAGACCAACAUUUGAAGCAGUUUUCAAUUAUUAUAAAUACGGCGGAUACCUCAGAAGACCCGAUCCAGUGCCGGAUGAUAUUUUCUUGUCAGAGCUGGAUUUUUAUGAAAUUGAAAAAGACAUAAUUGACCGUUACAAAAGAGAAGAAGGAUAUACAGAAGAAGUUCGUGUUUUACCGGAGAAUCCAAUACAACGAAAAAUAUGGAUGCUGAUGGAGUACCCUGAAACCUCAUGUUUUGCCUAUGCAAUUGCUAUCUUAUCGGUGAUAAUUACUGUUUUGUCAAUUGUUCUAUUUUGUAUAGAGACCAUACCUUCUUUGGAAAAGACGUGCGAAGAGGACGAAGCUGUAAAUUUUGUUGAGCCGUUCUUCAUCUUGGAAACAAUAUGCACUGUAUUUUUCACCGUGGAAGUAGUUGUUCGCUUUUGUUCGUGUCCUAGCAAACUAAAUUACUUCAAGGACUUCAAAAAUCUGGUGGACGUUACGGCAGUGAUACCCUAUUAUAUUACCCUGUCCAACAGUCUUUCAAGUCAAAGCUGUGAAUCGUCUAAAUCUAGUACGUCAUUCGCCUUCCUGCGUGUUGUUCGUCUGGUGCGGAUAUUUAAGCUCACAAAGCAUUCAGCAGGACUGCAGGUGCUCAUACUUACGUUUCAAGCCUCGCUUGAGGGCCUUCUACUUUUCUUGGUAGCGAUGAGCGUUUGUAUCCUGCUUUUCUCGAGCGCAAUCUACUACGCGGAACACGAGAUUCCGGACUCUCAGAUCAACAGCAUUCCUGACGGGUUCUGGUGGGCCCUAAUCACCAUGUGUACUGUGGGAUACGGUGAUCAGGUACCCGUCGGCUUCUGGGGAAAGAUAAUCGGCUCAGCUUGCGCUAUCUCUGGUGUGCUUACCCUCGCGAUCCCCGUGCCAAUUAUCACCGAAAACUUCAACAAGUUCUAUGCUCAUAAAACGGGUAGAGGUCGUAUGUGAUUUGUUUUUUUUCCUGAAAGUUAUAUUAUACAUAUUAUUACAAUGUAUGUCUUAUGUAGGUUAAUAAUAAGAGUGUGUUUUGUUAAGUUUGUAUCAGGUUCACAGUAAACAAGCACCAUGCACUAUAACGAAACAGUAAGCGGUUUAUUUGGUUAAAUGUCAUCUUUCAAAAUGUAAUAAUUGAAACAAAACUAUGCUUAAAUGUAAGUGUUUCACUAAGCGAAAUUAACACACUCCAACCUGUUCUUAAUAUUCAAUUAGGAUGCCAUCAUCAACAAGAAAAAAAGAAAUGUUCUGAAGUAUGCAGUUUCACUGAAAAACGUUUUUUAGAAUACCGUCAAAGCUGAAACAUUAAUAUGUUCUAGUCUAGAGAGUCAUUUAUAAAGUGAAAAGCAUUAUCGUUUGUAUCAUGUCAUAUUGAGGUAUCCCACGGACAAGUACAUUUGUGAUUUAAUCGAGUUAUUGACCAUGUUGUAUAAGUGUGAUGCCUAUCUUUUCGGGAUUAUUUAAAAGGGUAUUGAUUGCUGAUUAAAAAGUAUGCAAAAAGAACCAUUGAAAAUACAAACCAGAUAAAGUUAUAGCAGUCUGUAUGUUGAUUAAAGUGGGGCAUGAUAUCAUCAAUUUUCAGGGAUGUUUGUUUUCAGUUUGUUUGUAAUUUUUGUUUUCGGCACAGUUUUAGUAUAUUAUUCUAAACACUCCUCAAAUAGAAUACCCCACAAUAGCAUGGGGUCACUCGACAUUCAUCAUUUAAAUAAUUGUACAUAUGACACCUGGAUAAGCUGGCAGUGGUUUUAACACAUUCAACAUAUACUUGAUUUCAAGGAAUGGGAGCUCCAACAUUGGUAGCGGAAUCAAAACAUUCCUGAAUUUUCGGCAGAAAAUUAACCCUCAUCCGCCACCCCUCAAAUUAUCUGACAUAGACCAGACAUAAUGAGCUGCCUCGUUUUUUUAUCAUUCGAAUACGAGGAGCAUUAUAUUAUGAAAGUGAUACUAGCCAUGUUGCAGCACACACUAUCAAUUGAAACACAGUGUAUCGACCCUUUUUCAUUU